AGCGCGGCCGCCCAUUUACCAGAAUCCCCUCGACAUUGUUAGUCCCUGAAAAGACCCAACGCAUAUGAAUAUCCACUACAACACAACAGUAUCGCUCAAUUGACUACUACUACUCACUUGUAUCACGAUGGACGACCAAGAAAGAGUGAAUUAUGAACGCCAAACACAAGACCUGCGCGCCGAGCUCAAGAAGUGGGAAAGCGACUGGGCCUUAAAGCGAGGUGGGAGCAAGCCAGGUCGCGACGAUAUCAAGCAGAAACCAGAUAUUGCCAACAAGUAUAAGCAGUACAACAAACUUCGGGAUAUACUCGCAGGCAGAAUCCCACCAACGCACUCCCGCCCUGACCACGAAAUCAACGAUCAUCUCCACCACAACAAGCGCAAACAGAAUGAUGCGUCCCUGCCCCCUCCACAGACACCUUCCAAACGCCUUCGAACCGCACAUACACCUCGCAAGACACAACAACUCGCGUAUGACCUAUCACGUACACCCUCGUCAACAAACAAGAAGCUCUUCAGUCCUGUGCCACCACUGCCCACGUCUAUAGGGCCAACACCACAAAAAGAUGGCCGGGUGCUUGGCUUAUUUGAUUUCCUUACCAAAACGCCGUCCAAGCCAGCAGAAACGGGCGGCUCGGUCUCCGUUUCCAUCACCACCCCUCUUGGCGCCACACCUAGCAAGCGCCGUCACCACAAUGCCCAGGCCCAAACUCCAAAAAGCGACCAGCUGCUGCUAGCCGUCACGACACCGUUGCAUGACUGCAAUGGAAAUUCUCAACGGCGGACGCCGUCAUCGCAACGCGUGUCCAAAAUCCAGUUCUCAACACCCUCAUUCCUACGCAGGCCUACGGCUCUCCUCCCACCUGUGGACGAGAAUGGCGAAUGGGGAGUGGGCCCUCUUCGUCUUCCAAGGAAGCCGCUUAGCCGCGGGUUGAGUAGCGUGGUGGCAGGACUGAGGAAGAUUGAAGAUGAGGCUCUCGAUGACGAGCUAGACGUGCUCCGCGAGCUAGAAGAGAUGGAGGGAGGCGAAAUGUUUGCCGCUCUCGUGCUACCCAAGAAUACAAAACCUCCGUCGGUGGCGCAGAAGCCGCCUGCAGUAGAAGGUGGCGAGGAGUACAGGGACAUAUCCACAGGCGAGAACGCAAGAGCACCCAAGAGCGUCGCCGAUCCUGUCGCUGAAGCUGAAAACGGCAGGGCGCCUCGACUUGAAAGACCAGAGAAACCCGUGUUACUGGGCGGUUUUGACGACGAAAAUAUGUACGACAGCUCUGGUGGCGAGCAACCGCAGCUAGGCCGUGACGGGCAGCCGCUGCGUGUCUAUAAGAAAAAGGGGCAAAAACGAACGACGCGGCGCGUUAAUAUGCGGCCUACUCGGUCGAAACGACCGGACCAAGCGGGCCAAGACCACAACGAAAACGACAGCGAAGUGGGUGGCGAUGAUGACAUCGUACCUGAGACGCAGUUUGACGCAUCGAAGGCAGCCAUGGUACAAGAUACCGAGGGCUUAAGUGGGAUGUUGUCCGAUGGCUCCGAUCCAGACGGAUUAUAUUCUGAUUUUGACUCUGAUGGGGGGCGGGGUGAGGCCUGCAAAACGCGGCCGAAGGUGGUGAAAACGCCGAAGGAAACCAAGACGGGCAAGCUGGCCCCGAAGAAGGAUGCCAACACAAAGGGAGAGGAAGGCCUCGUAAAGAAGACUGUGCGCAAGGUCAAAGCCACAGCACAUGCCAACUUCAAGCGAUUAAAGCUACGAAACAGCGGCGCCAAGGGUGGUCCAGGGCACAAUAGCAGGUUCAGGAGGAGGCGGUGAAGAUAGAGGAGUACUUCACGCAUCAUUGGUUGUGUCAAGGUGCCAUUCCUAAAAUCAGGUGAAUAGGGGAAUAUAUACCUACACCGUACUCUAUCUAAGUCCAUAUGGGGAGAUUACGCAAAAGUCAGAAGAUCUCAGCGACUCAACAGUACCUAUUACCAUAGCGAUUAUUAGGAGGUCGAGUUCCCGUUGCACCAUAUUUGGUCUCCACUGGGAAUCUACAUAGUUGGGUAUUCAUACGCAAUAUACAUAUAUACG